AAGCGAUUCGCCAGUGCAAGCUCGGCUCUGUGACAAAAACAGUUGGGAUCCGUGUAGGAAGUGCACUCCCCUCCGGCGUAAGUCAGUCCACAACAAAAAUGCUCAUUUGGAAAACAGCCCGUUCGUGUAUAUGCAUCAAGCAGAAUAAGCAAUCGAAACAUGCCAAGAUUUAAUCUGUCAUGUGCAACUGUCCACGCGUUUCAACUUUGAUCGACACUUUGAAACAGCGCUUAGCAUCCAGAUGCUAUUAGGUCUGCUCGAUCACAUUUUACUAUCCAAAACGUUAUAGGAUUGUACAGAUGGAACGUCAGAGAUGCAGGUUUGGAAGUAGUGACGGGGCGGGUCGUUUUCUGAUCAGUUUGGAAGAUCUAGAAUUGGUGACGGAAGACGAGAGCUUGGACUUGGCUGGUAAUGACAAUGACGGUGACAAUAAUGAAAACGGCGAACAGGAAAUCGAGCAAGAAGAGGACGGUCUUCUCGGGUACUGGCAAAACAUUGGUCGUCGGCAUCAGGUGGUUGUGCCAAGGGACUUGGCCGAACCAAUUCAACAGAUGUCAAGGAACAACCAAUCUCAUGACAGAGAACUGGUUCCAUUUACAACGAUAGGUCACAAAACAAAGUCUGAAGAACUGCUUUAUGAAAAGCGUCAAUACAAGAAAGCAAAAUGGGCUUGUGUAAUACAGGAUAAAUCAAGCUAUGAACAGAGCACAUGCCUGGGAUUUAUGAAAUUAAUGAAAUACAUCUGCCAACAAAACUCAGCAGGUCACUUCCUGGGAAUUACACUGCCCAUCGUUACCAUUGUGCACACCAACCGGACCAGAACAGAGCUCCAGCCUGAAGUAACCACUGCUUACUACCUGCCAGCACAAUUUCAAAAUCAGACACCUCAACCUUUUGAUGCUGAAAUUGCUAUAGAGGAAUGGCCUGCUCACAUUAUUUACACUAGACCCUUUAAUGGCAACUCCACUGAAGAGUUAAUUCUCCAACAGAUUAACCAGUUAGUACAGCACCUUGAUGCUCCUGAACAGUUCCUGCAGGAUACCUUCAUCGUUGCUGCUUAUAACAACCCUGCUGCUCCAAAUCAACACAACGAAAUCUGGUUUAUUCAUAGACCUUGAGUAAAUCAGAGAGUCUGGUAUGAAGCACAGACCUUGGGCAGUGACUAAUUUUUUGAAAAAGUGAAACUAAUGUGCUAGCAUGAACUUAAAUGUAAACUCACAUUGAUAAAAAUGCAAAAAUACUAACAUGAAAGAAGUAACGUAUUAAAAUGAUCAGACUGGUUUUUAAAGAAAACUAGUCUGUUUCGAAUGAAACUUUGCUAAAGGCUUAUAAUUAAUUACCCGGCGUCCUCCCAAAGUCAUGGUUGCAUUCCUGAAGAUUAUGCCUUCAAAAGAAGACAUUACAUGAAGCAUUAAAACUUAAAUGAGGCAUUGUGGGGGUCCUAAGCAAACAAAAAAUUUAAAACAUUGUAUUUUUACCCUCUAAGUUGAAAUAAAGCACCACCUGUACUUUUAAACAGCUAAAUUCCUACAAGGAUAAAUUAAAUAACAGUUCAAAUAAAAUCAAUUUAAAAAUGAGAAGAAUGCAAAUUCCACUUUCAGAACCUCCUGUAAUGGACCACUCACAAAUGGAACCUGGGACUGCUGUCUGCAGCCUGAGGCAGGGGAGCUUUGCUGAUUGGGCUGCCUGUUUAGGCAGUUGCUUAUUCUUGGCUACAUUGAGACUGAUAACAGGUUGUGUAUUUUUAGGGGUCUGCAAUACCCUUCUUCCAAGCCAGCACAUUGUUCAGUGGGGCUGUGUUUCCUGGUUGGCUUCCCCAGUCCUCCUCCCAUCUCUCUCUUGCUCUCUCUCGUAUGUGGUUGACCAGCGCAUGCAUGCAGCUGGUGGCGUAGUUGUGAGGGAGUACUGGAUUUUAGUUUGGGCUCUGGGAUGGUGGGCAAUAACCGUGUAGUUCAGAUGGAGUUUUGUGGCUGUAUUCCGUCAGUCAGUCUGUAGGCUGUGUGCCACGGUAUGCCAUGAGGAUCCUGCUGUCUUAGGGGAGAAGGCGUGGAGACUGCCACAUGACUGUGCCUGGUGCUCCACAGGGAGAGAGUCGGACUGCUGUUGAGUCCAGUUGUAUCUGGGUGGCUCCUGUGGAAAUAUGGAUGGAUGCCACUUGGCAUGGCAGGAGCAGAUGGUGGUCGAAGUAGGCAAAUGAAAUCUGCGGAUGGGGUUCCUUUUUGAAAGCCUCAGACAGUCAGAAGCCAGAGGUUGGCAACAGCCUCAAGUCACACAGGCAGAGAUCGCUUCUAAAUGGCACCAAUUGGGCCAGGUAAGCAACUGCAGUAUAUACUAUAAGCAAGUUAAUACCAAGCUUUCAUUAUUAAACUAUCAUGAUAAAUGUUCAACUGUUUCUUACUACGAAGAGUUGUCCUUUGGGUUUUAUCAAUUGGGUUUAGGAAACAGUAGAAGAAAACAUGGUUUCAAAAGACAACUUGUUUUGAAAAAAGCUAAAAAAAAGGUGAUUCAUAGGAAAAGUAAUUCUCUCUUCAAAUCUCAAAUUUAUAGCUUAUUCACAACAAUUUUACCAACUAUUCUAUGUAUUUCACUGUAGCUGGCUGUAAAAAGAAUAAA